GGGUUGGUUUCAGGGGAGAGCAGGCAUGCAGGUGGGGAGAGGCAGCAGGUGUGGGCGUGUGUGACACAAGGCUAGGAGGGUGUCUAGAGUGGGAGGUGUUACGCGCAUGAGCGCCUGUCAUUCUUUGUGUCUAUGUGUGUAUAUAUGUGUGCGCCUCUCACAGCUGGUUGCCAUGUGCCCUAGGCUUGGUGACAGCCAGGGUGAGUGUGAUUGUGUGUGGCUGUGAAAUUGUAUGAUCUUGUCAGAUGUUUGAGUGAGGUUGUGUAGGACCCUGAUUUGACUCAUGAAGUUGUUUUGACCAUGCAUCUCUGUUCUGUGUGCAACUAACUGCGUGCUUUGAGUGUGUGAUUCUGUAUGAAGUGGCAUGUGACUACCAGUUUGUGUCAGGUCUUCACUUUAUGGUGGUAUGUCUCUUUCUUUGUAAGACUUUAUGACUGUGAACUCCUGGGACAAUCAUUUGUUGAAGUGGUUUGUGUCGUGUUUUGUGAUUGUGAGACUAUGCGGAUUAUAUGGGUGUUUGACACUGAUUUUGUCCUUUUGUGUGGUGAUGUCUGUAGUGUCUUACCCUUGCUACCUCUCUGGCUUCCUGGUGCAGAAGGGGGUCUUUAGUGCACACCACUGCUUCCCUACCUUUUCCACAUAUAGCCCAGGUGGACCCAAGGAGGGAUUCUGGUGUCCAUCUGCCCAGCCUGGGUGCCAGGAGAAGCCAGGUGCCUGGCUCCUGUGGGAAGGUUUUGGUUAAUGCUGGGUCAGCCACCCUCCAAAAGUAUUUAGAGAUCAUUCUUACAACUGAAGCUUCUUCAAACCCCAACAACCCUCCCAAAACUUCAAACUAGAGGAAAACACAGCCUCUUGACUCCCCUCCAGACCCAGAGGUAGAAGCUCUAGGCCUGGGCAGUGCCACGUGGCCUCCCAUUGUAAGUAUCCCCCCAAACCACUUUGCUGUCCAGGCAUCCUCUCUCUCCCACACUGGGGAAGUAUGUGAGACCAGUACAUCUGUGCCUGUGCAUAUUCCUGGGUUUGGUAGGCAGAUCCAUGUGUUUGUGUGGGUGACUGUGUCACCUUGUGUGCAUUUCCAUGUACUUGUGUUUCUGUCUUAUUGUGUAGCUUGCAGAAGAACUCCAAUAGACAUGGGAGGAGGGAGACUGUCUCACUUGUCUAACAAGCUGGGGAGGUGAAGGAAGGCCAUGAUCCUUCUGUCCUGCUCCGAGUGAGGUUAAGACUUGGGGAUGGGGGAGAGGGCUAGGUUGUAAUGCCUUGAAAAAGUGUCUCCCUGACUCACCCACCCUGAAGAAGUUGAAUCCCUAUGCCAAAACUCCCAGAAAGAGGAGCCCUUCCACUCAGGCGGCCCCAGGUGUGCCCUAGAUGUGUCUCAAACCUGGAUGGAUUCUAAAGGUCCAGCUGACUAGCUCUGCUUUGAAUUCUGUUCUCACCAACUCAGGAUCCUUGAGAAUAGUAAGAGUCUCAGGGCCCUCGUUAGCACCACAUUAGUCAGUGUUUGCUUCCUUCUUUAAUUGAUUCUCCCUUUUAGUGGAAUCAUCCCUUCCCCACUUAGCUGUUUGAAUCAGAGAUUGGGUGGAGAUGGGGAAGCACUUGCAUUGGAAGAUGCAAGAAUGGAAGUGUGAAUACCAGCUUUGUAUGACUUGCUCUCUGGACCUUUCUUUUCUCAUCUGUAAAAUGGGAAAUACUACUUCCUACCUGCCUUCCUCCCACGGGAAAUAGUUCAAAUCUUGACAAGCAUCAAAAAUCGUGUUCCACGUGAUCAGCAUCCUCGCCGUAGAUAGCUCCACACACGACUUGGAAAGUAGAAAUAAGACUGCCAGGAGCUCUCCUCUGGAAGAAGGGCUUAUCUUGCAGUGGGAGAUAAGUGGGGUUGGGAAGCCGGUGUUAUGGCUCCGGGUGCUCUGAGACGCAGGAGCUGAAGCCUGAAGGGGAGUCGUUGUCCGCAGUGCUGAAGAGCGCGAAAGGCCGGGGGUGCAGUCAGACCAUUCAAUUUUCCAACGUUCCUUCCCUAUUCUGCCGGGAUUCCUGGGAUCGGACUUGAGGGUAUUCUUUGGCUCCAGUCACCUCGGCCUAUCAGGCCGACCGGAGGGGGCGCCAAAGCCAUACCUCAGGGCAUCCUGGGUUGCUCUGGCAGCUUUUCUUCCCCACUCCUACCCCAGGCUCAAAACAAAUCUUGGGGAGACCUUUAGGGGAAAAAAAUCUGAGCCCCACUCCUCCCCGCAUCUGACCCCUCCGGUCUUCCCAGCCCGGCAGGGCAGCUUGGCAGUGCGCGGGGUGGGAAAGGCAGCGAUAAGCGGCUGUCCUGUCCGAGCUGGAAGCAAAGAAAGGACUGGAGAAGAUGAAGGAGUUGGGCCCUGACUGACCACAGUCAGAUCUCGGGUCCCUGCUGGGAUCUCCGGAGUCCUGUCCCUCUGGCCAUAAACGUCGUUCCUUGGACUGGGGCGCCCCCAUGUGGUCUUAGAGGAGGCAUGGUUGUGAAGCUGAUUCCAAAAGGGGAUGUCGCCAAAUCUAGUGGCAAGAUUUCAUGGAGUUCGAAGGUUGACUAUCGCCUCGUAAAUGUAGGAUUUUCAGCCAAAAAUGCGGGAUCUGGGUUGGAGGGGUGGGAUGCCCGUAGGCCCUCCCACCAAUUUGAAAGCGUUAGUGGGUCCUGGAAAGGUUUACGAUGGGUGAAACCAGAUAGCGAUGAGUCCAAGAAAGGUGUCUGGGCCAGGACUGUGGGGAGGGGGCUUCUCUUUGAUGCAUGUGGCUGGCAGUCCUCGUAUGAUGGGAGAGUGUGAACCCGCCAGAUCAGGACACAGGGACACAAAACAGAAACAGCUACAAGAGAAAGCGAUGAUUCGGUGCCAGAAGACAGAGACUGGUAGGGGCACAUCCCUGCUGCUCCUUUGUCACCCUAAUACACCGGUCAGUUCCUCCUCCUCCCUCCUGCUCUCUUCCAUUGGUCCAGGAAGUAUGAAAGUGUGGGAAGUUGCCAUGACAACUGUGUCCUCUUACCCCUUCGCAUCUCUGCCAAAAUGGGAGGAGGAGGGGUGUGACAGCGAAGGAGGGAAUGAAGUAGGCUAUUAAAAGACAAUGUUCAUUCCCCCUCCAGCUCCUUUUUCAAAAACCGUGGGUGCCCCCCUUCCCCACCAGAAAUUCAAGAAAACGUUCCUAGAGAAGACUGUGAAGAGAGUACGCGCUGCCCCUUGCCUCCACCCUCCUCCCGCCGCCCCAGUCUAGGAACUUUGGGGGCGGGUGCUUCAGAUGAAGGGGCGAGGGUGAGUUCCCUUCGUGUGGCCUGGAGAAGACGGAGGUGGGGCGGUGUGGGGGGACUCUGCUGUCUGAGAUCUUGGUCCUAUGGGUCCCGCCCUCCCGCGCCGCCCACGCAGGGCCCACUCGGGUGGGGGCGGAGACCUGACCGCCGGGCCUUGGGGGCGGAGCUUGGCCACACUGCUCAAGGCUGGACCAUGAACCGAUGCCCCCGCAGGUGCCGGAGCCCGUUGGGGCAGGCAGCGCGAUCCCUCUACCAGCUGGUGACUGGGUCGCUGUCGCCAGACAGCGUGGAGGAUGAGUUUGAACUGUCCACUGUGUGUCACCGGCCUGAGGGUCUGGAGCAGCUACAGGAACAAACCAAAUUCACGCGCAAGGAAUUGCAAGUCCUGUACCGGGGCUUCAAAAACGAAUGUCCCAGUGGAAUUGUCAAUGAGGAGAACUUCAAGCAGAUUUACUCCCAGUUCUUUCCUCAAGGAGACUCCAGCACAUAUGCCACCUUCCUCUUCAAUGCCUUUGACACCAACCAUGAUGGCUCAGUCAGUUUUGAGGACUUUGUGGCUGGUUUGUCGGUGAUUCUUCGGGGAACCAUAGAUGACAGGCUGAACUGGGCCUUCAACCUGUAUGACCUCAACAAGGAUGGCUGCAUCACCAAGGAGGAAAUGCUUGAUAUCAUGAAGUCCAUCUAUGACAUGAUGGGCAAGUAUACAUAUCCUGCACUCCGGGAGGAGGCCCCAAGAGAACAUGUGGAGAGCUUCUUCCAGAAGAUGGACAGGAACAAGGAUGGUGUGGUGACUGUCGAGGAAUUCAUUGAGUCUUGUCAAAAGGACGAGAACAUCAUGAGGUCCAUGCAGCUCUUUGACAAUGUCAUCUAGUUCCCCAGGAGAGGGGGUCAGUUGUCCUGGGUGACCAUGCUCUAUCCCUAGUCCAGGUGGACCUCACCCUUCUCUUCCCAGGUCUGUCCUCAUCCUAGCCCUAGUCUGGGGGUUGUAGGAAGCCAAGAGCCUGGGGAUUCAGUGGUCCAGAUUGCUGGAGCUGAGGUGGCCAGGGAGUGGGCAGAGUUUCUCUGUAGGGUGUUCCCAACUUCCAACAGCUCCCACCCCCUUCCUGUCUGAAACUCAGUGCUGAGGGUGCCUGUGUUACAGGAAUUGAGUGCUCCUAACCCUCCCACCCGAGAAACCACAACACUAGACAAAAUGUCUCCUGCUAUGGUGCUUUCCCCAUCCCUGAUCUCAUAAACAUUUCCCCUAAGACUCCCUUAUCAGAAAGGCUGUUUUGUCCUUGGCACUGACUGGCCUUUCAGACCAGGGCCUUUGAGAGCCCUGUAGGAGGGGAACAAGAAUGUAGAAGGAGUAAUCUUGGGCCUGAGCCAGUGAUUAGGUCCUAGGAAGUGGCUGGGGUAGAGAGCAGAAAGGCCUGGGGAUUGUCAGGGAGAGCAUGCCAGACUACAGCUUUGAGCUCUACAGGUCUGCCACUCAAGCCAUCAGAAUAUGAGGUUCCAGGCUCUUCAGAAGACCUUGUUUCCUUGGAAAUACCCCAGAAAUUUUCCAUACUCUCCUCAGUACCCCAGGAGAGCCUGAGAUCCUGGUGUCUGGCUCAUCCUUGGAAUUCCUUCCCUCCUUCCUUUCUGUUUGUAUGGUGGUGGCGGCAGCAGGGGGAACAUGGGCAGGAGCUGUCCUGGCUGAUACCUGCCAGAGUUUCAGCCUACCCUCUCUGAUGGCUACAAGUUUUCAUUUGCCAUUUCCUCUAGACUUGGAGGCACAGAGUGAGCCAGGGACCACACAGUGGAUGCCUUAGAAGAAAAGGGAAAGGAGGCAGGCAUAGCAUUUGAACCCAGUGUGGGGGCAUUAAUUAGAAUCUUUGAUCUACCCAGGCUCUCUUCCUGCCCCCCACAUAGCCUCCUCAUUUCCCACCUAGAGUCUCCUGUUGCUCUAAUCAGUCUACCCAGAGAUGCCCCUGAGCACACCCUGAAGGCAGGGGCCAUAGGACCUAGGUCCCACCUCACUGUCAGCACCCCUGCCAUGCUGCCACCCCUUAAUAUAUCUGCUUGUCCCAUUUAGCUCACCCUCCCAGUCAGCCAUGAUCUGAGGGGGAGGGCCCCCAAGGAACCCCCUUUCCCAUCAGAACACUGUUGACUGCUUUGCAUUUUUGGCUCCUCUGUAUAUUUUGUAAAAUAAGAAACACACCAAAUCCAAUAAAACACAAUGGCUAUGCAUA